CGACAAGCCUUAGUAUUACACAGGCGCCUAAAUACUGUCCAACGUUACCUAAUGUAGAUGUAAAUUCUGUACAUUUUAAGUAUGAAGGCCGAUCAAUAUAAUGGGAAGACUGUACUUGUUAUUAACCAUACACACAUGGUUAGCUGUUUCGCCGGAGAUGAAUUAAACUUGGAUGCCGGAGUUAAAUUUGUAAACACAAAAGUGAUAUUUCAGAAGUCAAUUUGGAGCAACCUUGUUGAAGCCGUUAUACAGUACUGUCGUGUUGUAUUUGAUAUAUUUUCUACCGAAAAACCUAUAUCUAUAGUAACCUUUGAUGAUGAGGAAAAGAUUCACUCCAUAUGGCUAAAUGAGGAUCAAAAUUUGGAUACAAUAUGGAACAUAUUUUCUCAGGAAGGUCCACCGAAGAUCUCUUCACUCAAUUUUCUUGAACGUGGUUCACUUCCAGGUUUAUCUUCAGCCUCUCAUCUCUUACAAAUGCUAACGCCACGUCAGAAGGAAAUUAAUUCUGGCGAGAACAAAGGCAGAGUAGUUGUCUUAAGCAUGUCUAUGGGUAAUAAAGUUUUGUCUUGGAUUCCGGAUAUUUUAUCGUCUUUAGAGAAGCCUAUCGACACACCCGAUCAUAUGGAUGUUACUUCAAGUGAAUGGGUUUUUGUUGACCUGUUUCCAGCUUCUGAAUUCUCAGCAGAUCUAAAUGGACUAUACCCUGAGCAAUUAGAGAUUUAUAUCACUUGUAUCUGAUUACGACGCAAAAUACAGAUUUACUCUACAUUGAAUUGCGGCGGUUUGGUGAUUUUUAUGUUAGCUACCUAAUAAUAUAGAUCCGAAUGCCCGACAUCGUUUUUUCUAUCAUAAACUUCUAGCUACCAGCCAAGAGUUGUAUCAGGGUUUAAUGCGUCUUGCAGAAUGUCAUUACAAUCUUUCAAGUACACUUGUUCAAGAUAUUCCCAUGAAGGAGGAAGCUAAUGUUAAUUCUGGUAGUUCAAUGUAUGGCGUCGAAAUUCUGCAUCGAGCUGAGGUACACGACAUGUUAAAACGUCGGGGUAUUUACGAGAAAUUAUUAGUACGUACAGAUAGUGAAAACAAUAAGUCCAUAUCACGACCACACUCUGGAUUUUCGAAAACUUUGGGCAUAAAAUGGGUUACGCCGAAGACCUCGGAUACUAAUUUUCUGCGCUUUGCUGUCGCAACAUACAGAGUAACUUUAGCAGAUGUUUGCCAUAGAGCAUCUACUUGCUUAGCUCAAUUUGUUUUAGGAGGUCGGUCUGUUGCGUUGGCUCAUCGUCUACAGUCUUCAUUCCCAGCGUUACCUAAUGAUUCUAACUUAUUAACAUCUUGUUCAACGGAUGAAGCUCUUCUUCUCACUUGUCAUGGAUCCGUAAUGUAUAUACAUGUUUUAGGAACAAUUUUCCCAAUGACUCAUCCCCAGAAUAUUCCUUUAACUUCUAAUCCUAAUUUGACCCCGGGAGAUUAUCGUAUACAAGCCUUCAUUGAUCAAAUCUUACGCCCUUCUCGUCUGGCUCCGGCAUCAGCUAGAUUAAAUUAUUCAGUGUUUCCCAAAGAACGAGCCCAACAACAUAUUGAACGUCAAACACGGUAUUGGCCACUUAUGGAAUCUCAAACAUUACUGGACAAAACUAAGCUAGCUGCUCCAAUAUUUGAAAAUUUACCAAAAGAAUACCUUGAACCUAGUGAAAUAUCUGCCUGUGAAGAAUCUAUAGUGAAUAUUGUAAACUCUAUUAAACAGUAUGUUUGCCUGUCCGAUUCUAGAAAGAACUCUUCUAAACGAGGAUCAUCAUCUGGAACUUUGCCUGUUGCACCUGUACUUCAAGCAGAAGCAAUUGUAAUGGCAACUGAAUUCGAUUAUAUUCUUUCCUUAUAUAGUGAUAUAUCAACUGAACAUGAACAAAUUCGAAAUUAUUGGAUACAAACUAUAAGUUCAUCAAAAACUAAUGACACAUUAAAUGGACUAAAUCGUUUGUCAAAUGAAAAUGACUUUAAUUCAUUAAAUCUUACAGAAAUGAUUCGUCUAGCUAAAACAAUAGCAUAUGAUCAAACGAAUAUUGUUAAUUCUACCAUUCCUUUAGCACUUAUAAAAAUUAUGAAAAGUUUAACAGUUCUAUGUGAACGUCUCCAUAGGCAUACAGAUUCUCAUGAUUCCAAAUGUAUCACUACACAAAUAAAUCAAAAGUAUGUGUAGUUUAUUUAAUUUUUACUAGUUUGAUACCAGUUUCAAAUUUAUUUUGUAUUAUAGUAACUAAUUUGGUAUAGUAUCAAAAUUAAAAACCAUAUUAAUCAGAUAUUAGUUUAUUGGUAUACAAAAAGGUUGACAUGUUUUGCAAAAGCCUAUCUAAAUUACUUUCAUAAUUGGAGUUCUGAAAUUGAAUGGUUUUUUUUGGAUAAUCAAGUAAUAUCAGUAGUAUAUAAACCUGUGUAUGAUUGGUGGAUUGUCGGUGAAUCAAAAGCUACAUAUAUGAUGAGUUUAAUGUGAGCCUAUACACUGUUUUUGUUAGCUUAAUGAAGUUCAUCAAAAUCGGUCAGUCAUAAUCGGUAAACAGCCUGACGGAGAUGGGAAUGGCCAAGUCGUCAUGCUAACUUAGCAUUAUAAGAUAAAAUUAACAAGAUGAAUAAUAAAGCAGCCGGAAUUACUGCGGUAACAUCGACAGUCAGAAAGACUAAACACUGAGAAUAUGGUUCGAGAAGAUGGAGUCUAAAGGUAUGUCUGAUGGGGUAAUAAAACUCAAAAUGUCGAAGAAUAGUGGAUGCAUUUGACCCAUUGUGUCCAAUUACAAGUAGUGUCACUCAAUCACUGGUCGUGCGGAACCUAACCAGGUAAUUCGUAUCUAUCAACAUGAUUUUAAUCCAUGGUCAAUGACUUCGUGAACUGAUACUAAUCUUCAUUUUGAUCAUCUGUCAGUUUACUUCCAAGUUUUCUAGGCAACGUUGCACAUCACUAAAAUAUCAACGACGUUUUUCAUUCGAAGUAUCAAGGCAAAUGUCAUUUUGUACUUUUUGAUUAGUUCAGACGUCAAACUGACCAGAUUUGUACUGCCGUUAUGUGGCUGAUUUUUAGUAAUCCACAUAGAAUAUAUAAUAUUGUUUCGUAUGUUAUAGUGUUAAUACCACUUCUUAGUUACUGUCGUAAUAAAAUUAUGCAUAGGGUAGAUGGGUGAAGGUAUAAAUUCGUGGCUUUGAACAAUUACUAUUUUCUCUUAUAGUACAAUCCUUUUUUUCUUAUUAACAUUCAGAUCUGCAUGUAACCCGGUGCAAUCGCCCAAGAUGAUGGCAAUAGUUGAACCUGGUAAAAUUUCUAUUUUAACCUGUUUGACAAUAAAAUCGUUUUUACUCAAUUUAAAAAUGUUAGGAACUAGAGGUAGCAAAAGCUGUACAUUUAGAAAGAAACAAUGAUUUUUUCAAUACUUAUGAUGAUAACAGUUCAAAUUUUGAAAAAUUCCCAUAUUGUGAUUUAGAACAAUAUUGUUUUUGAUUAGAUCCUCAUCAGGCUUUACUCUAAUAUACAAUAAAUAUUUAUAUACAUAUACGAAACCAUUAAACUAAUCAAGACAGUUUAUGAGUCAGUGAUAACAUCGUAAUAGAUCACGCAAAGAAACAAAAUAACUAAGAAGCACAAAUUGAUAGUGUGAUAACAGGUGUACUAGUUGUGAUAAGAAUAAGUAAUCUACAUACGCUUAGGAAGCUCGCUUCAUUCUAUCGAUGCCACCUACCUACUCAUGCGGUGUACUAGUUUAUUUUUCGAUUAGAAAACUAAAUGGGAUCGAUUCAUGAGAUAAUCAACUGUUAAACUGGACCUUAUCGGAAGAUCCAAAAUUACUGACUACGCUUUUCGAACUAAUGGUAAUCAAUGGUUUAAAAAGUCAAAAUAGCUCUUAAUCGAUAACAGUGACUCAAGUGUAUUAAAUUUUCUUAUGCUCGUGUAAAUCUUACUAAAAUUCUUUUUAUUUGAUUACAAUUUCAGCUGAUCGAACAAAUUUCAUUGGUCGUUUAAAAUCUGCAAAACGUCGACGUGUACAAACGCAGAAAUUAGAUUUUGUUGGUGUACUUACUGCAGAUUCUAAAGGUUUAUGUCAAUUGUACAAAGGUUUAAAAGAUAAAGAAAAAUCCAAUGCUUAGUUAUUUUCUGUUUGCUUCAUUUAAAACAAGCAGCAUAUUUUCAGAUUAUGCUUUUGUUUCAAUCUGUCCAAUAGCCGGACGCGAGUGACUGAUAAAUUAUGUUCUAUGCUAGGAGCUCACAAAAUUACUUUUGUGUACUAAAGAACAUGGAGAGUUAGAAGCAAAGCAGAAAAAGUUAAGACUUGUAGACUACUCAGGGUCUAGGCUUCUGAUUAGGAGUUGAUAUUUUCAAGAAACCCAAGCUUUUUCCCAAGAGAGAGAUAGUAGUGAAACAGACCCAGUAAAAAACCAACUUUAGGAGUUCUAAGUAAGCCGUGCUGAAGGUCAAACACUCUUAUACGUGAUGUUGAUUUAUGUGGACAAAUAAUUUUACUCGAAUAAAAAGCAACAAAGAAUACGAUUACAUCAACAAGUUCCUCGCGC